AGUUAGUUCAUCGUCGACGCUUGACUCGGCUCCAUGUCGCUUCGCUCAACGCCAGCCGUUGACGAAACAAAAAACUUUGAAUACCGAACGCGCGUUCAAAAUUUAACAAUUUAAAACUGUAGUGCCAGUGUCAUAUUUUUAUAGGCCUGGAAAAACUCGGAUGUGACCAAAUCUAUAAAAGAUAAGGUGAUAACGAAAUCGAUAUCAUUUUUGGUUCAAUAAAGUUCAAUUCAGUGCAAGUUUCUCGUGCAGUGAUGCAGGUGGAUGUGUUGGAUGUGGAGAUUUAAUCGAGUUUUUAGUGAGGCUGCACCGGCCGUUGUCAGUGCAAGGCGACAUGGAGCACGCGCUGCAGCAUCGGGAGCGCGUCGGCGUCCAGGACUUCGUAUUGUUGGAGGACUACAAGUCCGAAGCCGCAUUCAUUGAUAACCUGAAGAAGCGCUUCCAUGAGAAUAUUAUCUAUACCUACAUCGGCAACGUGUUGAUAUCCGUGAACCCUUAUAAAAACCUACCCAUCUACACGGAGGAGAAGACCAAACAGUAUUACAAGAAGGCCUUUUUUGAAGCCCCACCCCAUGUUUUCGCCAUCGCCGACAACGCUUAUCGGUCGUUGGUCUACGAACAUAGAGAGCAGUGCAUAUUGAUCUCAGGUGAGUCCGGAUCAGGCAAGACAGAAGCGUCCAAAAAGGUCCUAGAGUACAUCGCGGCAAGAACCAACCACUUGCACAAUGUGGAGACCGUCAAAGACAAACUCUUACAAAGCAACCCCUUGCUCGAAGCUUUCGGGAACGCCAAAACCCAUAGGAAUGACAACUCGAGUCGCUUCGGGAAAUACAUGGACAUUCAGUUCAACUACGAAGGGGCACCAGAGGGCGGACACAUCCUGAACUAUCUUCUAGAGAAGUCCAGGGUUAUCAGUCAGAUGUCUGGGGAGAGGAACUUCCACAUCUUCUACCAGUUGCUGGCGGGAGGCGACUCGGAGCUGCUGAGUCAGUUGAGGCUGCAGAGCAGACCGGAAGCCUACAAGUAUACCACUGAUGCGAACCCUCAAAUUAGCCAGGCGAAAUACGACGCGGAGCAAUUCAGGACAGUCCAAGAAGCGAUGAAGAUAAUAGAGAUUGGCGCUGAGGAGCAGAGAGCUAUCUUCGAGAUCGUAGCCUCAGUGCUGCACCUGGGCAAUGUCAAGUUCCACACCACUGAGAAAGGCUAUGCUGAGAUCCUUCACCACGACUCUGGCACCAGCAGCGUUGCCGAGCUCCUGAAAGUGAACGCGACGCGUCUCCGCGAAGUCUUAACCAGCCGAACCAUCGAGGCCCGAGGAGACGUCGUCAGCACUCCUCUAGACUUGGAGCAAAGUCAGUACGCAAGAGAUGCCUUGGCUAAAGCCAUGUACGACAAGCACUUCAGCUGGCUGGUCUCUAGACUGAAUGCAUCACUUGCUCCUAAAGAUCCAGAUGCAAGAGCUUCAGUUAUUGGUAUCUUGGACAUCUACGGAUUUGAAAUCUUUCCUAAGAACAGCUUCGAGCAAUUCUGCAUCAACUUCUGCAACGAGAAGCUGCAGCAGUUGUUCAUUCAGCUGACGCUGCGCCAGGAGCAGGAGGAGUACCUUCGGGAGGGCAUCGAGUGGGAGCCCAUUGAGUACUUCAAUAACAUCGUUAUUUGCGACCUCGUUGAAGCCAGGCACAAAGGCAUCAUCGCCAUCUUGGAUGACGAAUGCCUCCGGCCGGGAGACGCCACCGACAUCAGCUUCCUGGAAAAGCUGUCGCAGCAGCUGGACGGCCAUCCCCACUACAAGUCCCAUCGAAAAUGUGACACCAAGACGCAGAAGUUAAUGGGCAGAGACGAAUUCUGCCUAAUCCACUACGCCGGUGAGGUGACUUACAAUGUGAACACCUUCAUGGAGAAGAACAACGACCUCCUCUUCAGAGACAUCCAGAGCUUGAUGGCCAGCAGUGGGAACAACAUCGUUGCUAGCUGCUUCAAGGAUUACAACUUGACCAGUAAGAAGCGUCCGGAGACCGCCAUCACGCAGUUCAAGAACUCCCUGAACGAUCUCAUCAAGAUCCUCAGCAGCAAGGAACCUUCCUACAUCCGCUGCAUCAAGCCCAAUGACUUCAAGGCACCCAUGCAAUUCGACGAGAAGCUGAUCUCUCACCAGGUGAAGUACCUGGGUCUGAUGGAGAACCUCAGAGUGCGAAGAGCUGGCUUCGCGUACAGGCGCACUUACGAGGCCUUCUUGGAGAGAUACAAGUGCCUGAGCGCCGAGACGUGGCCGAACUACCGCGGCGCGGCGCGCGACGGCGUCCAGGUGCUGGUCAACGCGCUCAACUACGAAAGAGACGACUAUCGGAUGGGCAACACGAAAAUCUUCAUCCGCUUCCCGAAGACGCUGUUCGAGACAGAAGACACUUUCCAGAUGAAGAAGAACGAUAUCGCGACUAUCAUCCAGAGCCGCUGGAGAGGGUACUGGCAGAGGAAGCAGUACAUCCGCAUGAGGGCCGCCGCGAUCGUCGUACAGAAGUGGGUGAGGAGGUUCCUGGCGCAGAAGCUGAGGCAGCGGAGGAAGUGGGCCGCGGGGAUCAUACGCGCAUUCAUCAAAGGGUUCAUCACCCGCAAUGGGCCGGAGACGCCCGAGAACCGCCGGUUCCUGAGCAUCGCGAAGGUGCACUGGCUGAAGAGGCUCUCCAAGCAGCUGCCCUCUAAGAUCCUGGACUUGUCUUGGCCCGUCUGCCCGGCCACCUGCCAGGAAGCUUCCAGGGAGCUGCAGCGGUUGCAUCGCGCGCACCUCUCGCGCAAGUACCGGCUGGCGCUGAGCGACGACGACAAGAAGCAGUUCGAACUCAAGGUGCUCGCUGAGAAAAUAUUCAAGGGCAAGAAGAACAGUUACCCGCAGAGCGUGCGCGAGCGCUUCGUGUCGGACCGGCUGACGGCCGAGCACAAGACCCUCCGGAACACCUUCAUGGCCUCCACAGCCUGGCCGCAUGGGGAAUACGCCAUCUAUGCCUGUGAAGCGGUGAAGUACGACCGCCGCGGGUACAAGCCACGGGAGCGGGCGCUUCUCGCCUCCGACCAGGCUCUGUAUGUCCUAGACGCUUCCAACCGCAAGACUUACAAGCUGAAACAUAGACUGCCCUUGGAGAAGCUGAAAGUGGUUGUUACUAACGAGUCUGACAGCUUGAUUCUGGUGAAGAUACCGCAGGAGCUGAAGAAGGACAAGGGAGACCUGAUCAUCUCCGUGUCCCACCUGGUGGAGGCGCUCACCAUCGUCUCCGACUACACAAAGAAGCCGGAACUCAUCGACAUCGUUGACACCAGGACGAUCGCCCACAACAUGGUGAACGGCAAGCAGGCGGGCAGCAUCGAGGUGACCAACGGCCCGCAGCCCACCAUCCACCGCGCCAAGAGCGGCAACUUGCUUGUGGUCGCCACCCCAUAACGCCAUUAUUCUACCGAAGAACAACGACCACAACGAAAUUUUGUGUAAAUUUUUGAAACUGCCUGCAAUCAAAGUAAUUUAUUUGUAAUUUUUAAGCGCUAAUUAAUGUAAAAUACGCGAACACUUCCUAGAAUUGGCCAUAUCUAAAAAAAAAAUUAGUUGUAAAUAAUAUGAAUUUUCAAAAGAUAAAUAUUUCUAUUCAUAAAAUUUAUACUUGUACAUGUAUUAUGAUUUUAUUUUAAUAUUAUUUUAAUCAUUUUAUUGUGUAAUACAUAUGUACUUUUUUAAGUCUUGUGUUUAAAAUUUUAAUGUGAUAGAUAUACGUACAAAGUACUUAAUAUUUUAUAUACCGCCAUAAUCAAAUAUCACGAACAAAAUAUUUAAAAAAUGUACUUAAAAUAUGUUAAAUGAAUUACAUAUUACAAUGGAUGUUAUUGUAUGGUAUAUUACAAGCAUUUUUCUAUUUCCGUGCCAAAAGUCAACAAUUAUGUAAAUAUUAUGCUUUUAACUGACAGUUCCAAUACGAUAGCUGAAUCGAAGGUGCCUAUUGAUAGUAAUUUGAAGCUAUUGAAAGUAACCUCAGUAUACUAUGUACUCAUAACAAUAUUAAUGCUAAAACUACAUAUUUUUUUCCUUGAAAAAAGUAUGGUUAGCUUGAUCGAGAGCGAUAAAUCACAAUUUAUUUUUUCAAAUGGUAGCAUUAUAGUACAACGAAAAUGAAUAUAUUUUAACCAUAAGAAGUUAGUAAACAAUUACGAAUUUAAUAAUUUGUAUUGUUUUUAAACUUAUCAAUGGAAAUUAACUGCCUAAGUAUGUCAAUAGAAAAUAAUCAUUAAUGCCACUUUUAAUUUGCAUUAUGUGGAUACUAUGCUAAGUAGACAAUUUUCUCGUAUGUCUCGUCUAUGGUCAAUUUUAAUGAAUACAGGCGAUUGAGUGCCUUAUUUUAAGCCAGUUCUUGAGCAGUCAUUUUAUUAAACAAAUGUAUUUUGAUAACAAAAA